CGUGUGCCCCCCUGCCUCUUGGAUACUUAUAUCUUCGACUCUUCGACGCUUCAUUGACCAUUGACCUCUGAAUUUUGGUUCAACCGACUUCUACAUCCAUCAUGGCUGCUUCCGCUGAAAGUCUCGUCUAUCGGGCCACCACGACGGCCCCCGUCAACAUCGCUGUCAUCAAAUACUGGGGCAAGCGUGACGCUGUUCUUAAUCUGCCCACCAACUCUUCCCUCUCCGUCACUCUCUCCCAGCGCUCACUCCGCACCCUGACCACCGCUUCUUGCUCGGCCAUCUACCCCGCCCAAGACGAGCUGAUCCUCAACGGCAAACCCCAGGACAUCCAAUCCUCUAAACGCACCCUUGCCUGUCUCUCCAGCCUGCGCGCUCACCGCAAGGAGGUCGAAGCCGCCGACUCCUCUCUUCCCAAGCUCUCCGCCCUCCCUCUCCGCAUCGUCUCCGAAAACAACUUCCCCACCGCCGCCGGUCUUGCCAGUUCGGCUGCCGGGUUUGCAGCCCUUGUCCGUGCCGUGGCCGACCUCUACCAGCUCCCACAAUCUCCCCGCGAUCUCAGCCGCAUUGCCCGUCAGGGCUCCGGCUCUGCCUGUCGGUCCCUGAUGGGCGGGUACGUUGCCUGGCGCGCCGGCACCCUCGAGGACGGUAGCGACAGUCUAGCCGAGGAAGUUGCUCCCGCCGCUCAUUGGCCCGAGAUGCGCGCCAUCGUGCUUGUCGUCAGCGCCGAGAAGAAGGAUGUCCCGAGCACGGAGGGUAUGCAGACGACCGUGGCCACGUCGAACCUCUUCGCUACCCGCGCGAACACGGUUGUCCCCGAGCGCAUGACGGCCAUUGAGACCGCGAUCCAGAACCGGGACUUCCCCGCCUUCGCCGAGAUCACCAUGCGUGACUCCAACGGCUUCCACGCCACUUGCCUAGACUCCUGGCCUCCGAUCUUCUACAUGAACGAUGUCUCCCGGGCUGCUGUCCGCCUGGUCCACGACAUCAACCGUGCCGUCGGCCGCACAGUCUGUGCUUACACUUUCGAUGCGGGCCCGAACGCCGUCAUCUACUACCUCGAAAAGGAGUCUGAGCUCGUCGCUGGAACUAUCAAGGCCAUCCUGGGCGCCAAGGCUGAUGGCUGGGAGGGUCCGUUCUACGAGCCCCUCAAGGAUCUCAGUGCCCCCGGCGUUGCCUUGGACCAGGUGGACUCGCGGGCCGUGGAUGUGCUCAAGGAGGGCGUCAGCCGUGUCAUUCUCACCGGUGUCGGUGAGGGCCCGAUCAGCGUGAACGAUCACCUUGUCAGCGAGAAGGGCGAUGUCCUCGCGCACUAAAUCAAGGAGCUAUCGUGCCAAACUCGAGGUACCGCGGGCGCUGAUUGAUAGUCAGACCGCGGACUACCUUGGGAUAAAAGAUACCCAUACCGCUCCCUCCGAUGUUGAGAGUGAGGGGUUCAACUCUACAUUCAGAAAGUCUAUAUUCUCGUUUACUGCGAAG